GUACAUCAAAAUGGCUCUAUUCUGGAUUGUGGGAGUAGCACUCUUCGCAGGAGUUGCCUCCGCAGGAAACUUCGCCUUGGAAUCCUACCCUUCCACGGUUCAAGUGGAAUCUUUAGCCAUCACUGACUUAGAAACCUGGACGCAAAGUUGCGCUGGCAGCAUCCUCACUACCAGAUAUAUCCUCUCUGCCGCCAGCUGCUUCUCCGGAUCGACUUACCAACGUGAAUUCCGUCGUAUCCGCGCUGGAUCAAGCAGCCGUAACACUGGAGGUAUUAUCUCCCACGUCGAAAUUGAAAUCAACAACCCGAAAUGGACCGGUGGCACUCUUAACGACGUCUCCGUCGUGAGGCUGUUGACCCCUCUAGUAUACGGCGCAUUCAUCGACAAAGCAACGAUUGCUGGCGUUGGUUCAGUGAUCCCUGAGGGCCUAGGUGUUGUACAGGCAGGAUGGGGCACUGGCAAUACAUCCGACGUUCUCAGCAUUUCUUCACUCGUCACAGUGAAUAUUGCCCAAUGUGGCCGACGUAGAUUGACGAAGCGAAUGGCAACAUUCGCUGAUGGUGAAGAUAAGGAAGAUGUUGAAAACGAAAAUGAGAACGAGAACGAGAACGAGAACGAGAACGAGAACGAGAACGAGAACGAGAACGAGAACGAGAACGAGAACGAGAACGAGAACGAGAACGAGAACGAUAACGAGAAUGAAAACGAGAACGAGAAUGAGAAUGAGAACGACAACGACAACGACAACGACAACGACAACGACAACGACAACGACAACGACAACGACAACGACAACGACAACGACAACGACAACGAUAGUGAUAAUGACAGUAGUGCCGAUGAAGAUGAAAGUGAAGAAGAAGAUGGAAAUGAAGAAGAUGAAAAUGAAGAAACAGAUGACAACAAUACCUUACUCUGCGGUGCUUAUAGCGAAGGAGUUACAAACUCUAACGCUGACGUCGGUGGCCCAUGGUUCUUUGGUAACAUAACUCUUGGUAUUGUCGCUGGAGCCAACAGUGGCAACAAUUCUUGGACAGGAAUAUUGAGUACCUCAGUCGCAUCUUAUACCGAAUGGAUCGUCAGCGUUGCCGUUUAAAAUUGAAAGAUUGAA